UGGACUCUAGAGCCAAGAGACACUAACCGCCUCGAGUGAGCAGUCAAGACAGUAGUUACAGUAGUUUGGUGUGCUUUGGAGAAGAGUGAGUUGGAGUAAGAUUCUCCUCUCCUCCCGCGGGGCCUCAGGGAGGCAGUGCCUGGCCGGCCGGUGGGGACACAGGCCCUAACAUGGGACAAAAUGCUAGCAGCGAGACCGUGGCCCAGCAACCGGCCACACGCCAAGCUGAUGACAAGGUCGACUCGCAACAGAGCACACCAGGGCCUGAAGAAGGAAACUCUGGAGGAGGAGCACCCCCAGCAAAGCGCAAAACCAAAUUUUCCAUGGGAAAGUUCCUCAAGCCCUUUAGAUUUAAGAAGAAGAAGCCAAGUGAGAAGUUCUCUGAAACAUCUAAAGAAUUGGAAAGAAAGAUUUCUGUCAGAAAAUCUCGCAAUGAGCUGAUUGCUAGAGGAGUUUUAAAAGAGAUCCCUGAAAAUGGGCGCAACAAUGAAAUUGACCUGAAAGAUCCACCAGUUAAAAAUGGGCACCCUGUACCAAUAGAUGCCGAUAGGGUGCCAGAAACGGGAAAUCGACAGGCUGACAUCAAGGCAAAUCCCAUUAGGCAUCCUCAAGGAGAAAACCGUCGCAACAACCGGGCGCCUCUGGAUGUGGACAAAUAUGCAAAGUUGCCCGUGGAUGUAGACAGACAAAGCCGCAUUCCCUUGGACUAUGAAAGAAAAGGGUCUGACCCUACACAAGAUGAUAGAUACCGUAAAGACAAGAAGAGGGAUGGCCAAGAUAGCCAAGACAUUCAGGAGAGGAGGGAUCGAGACAACAGGGAGAGGAGGGAUCAAGACGACAAGGAGACAAAGGAUCGGGACGACAAGGAGAGGAGGGAUCGUGAUCGGGACGAGAAGCAGAGGAGGGAUCGAGACGAGAAGGACCGGAGAGAUCGUGAUCGGGACGAGAGGGACAAGAGAGAUCGUGAUUUCGACGAGAAGGAGAGGAGGGACCGUGAUCGGGACGAGAGGGGGAGGAGGGACCGCGAUCGGGACGAGAGAAGGGAUCGUGAUCGGGACGAGAGGGAGAGGAAAGAUCGGAAUAGGGAGGACAGGGAAAAGAGAGAUCGUGAUGAAAGAGAAUGGAGGGAUAGGGAGCAGUAUGAAAAGGAAAAGAGAGAACUUGAUGACAGAGAAAGAAAAGACAACAAAGAGCGAUGGCUUGAGCGUGAAAGGAAGGAGUAUAGAGACGACAGAAAAGAUGAUAAAGUAAGAGAAGAUAGGGACAGGAAAUAUGCUCAGGUAGAGAGAGGUGAUACCAGGGACAAACGGGAAGACUGGAUUAAGGAACAGGGAGAUGAACGUGAGAAAAUGGACAGAAUAUUGCCUGAUGUCCGUCCAGUCCCUGACAUGGACUUGCGACCUCCUAUGCAGCAAAUCUUCACAGAUAAUGACACUCUACCCAGACACAAACCAACAGUUGAGUUCCGUGACCGCUUAGAAUCUGUCGGUGUCCAAUUGAUCCCUGACCAUUACCGGGAGCAAGAUACCCAACAGCAUCUACCCUUGCCCAAGCGAGCUUUGGUUCCCCCUAAAUUUCCCACUGGUCAUCCUUCCAAGUCUCCCAGUGUGACCCUGUCCUUCUCCUCCUCUUCCUCAUCUUCUACCUCCUCCAGCUCUUCUGUUGAAGCUGCAAUUGCCAAACCCCCGAGGACAUACUCUCUCAUACUAGAUGACCCACCUCAACUGCCUCUUGCUGGUGCUGUGUCAGCAGACUCUGUCGCACCUCCCCCUGUUCCACCUCACACAAAGCAGCCCCCUGUCCCUCCCCAUGUCCAGCAGCCUCCUGUCCCUCCCCAUGUCCAGCAACCUCCUGUCCCUCCCCAUGUCCAGCAACCUCCUGUCCCUCCCCAUGUCCAACAACCUCCUGUCCCUCCCCAUGUCCAACAACCUCCUGUCCCUCCCCAUGUCCAGCAACCUCCUGUCUCUCCUCAUGCUCAGCAGUCACCUGUUGUUUCACACCUCAAGCAACCUCCUAUGCCUCCACCUAAACCCACCAACCGCAACAGCGCUGCUGCAGCGCUUGGUGAGUUUCUUUUCUGUCCUCUCUAUAAUGAGUUGCUUUGGUCUCUGUGUAUUUGUGUCCUCUUUUGA